UGACCAUGUUUUUUACUUUGAUUAUUUCUUUUCUGUUAUCUGCCUUUUGGUCAGAAUCAAAAUUUUUUCAAUCUAUUAAUUCACCGGUUAAUAAGUACUCGUUAAUUUUUUUUUUUUCAAUUCGCAAUGGUUUUUACAACGGCAAUGAUGAUGGUGAGAAGUAGAGGCCCGGAUGAGUUUUGGAGAAAAAGGAAAAUUUUCAAAAUUGCUGCUCACUUUUCUGGUCGUCGAAGAAAUUGUUAUUCUAUUGCUAUUAAGGCAGUUCACCGUGCUCUUCAAUUUGCAACAAUUGGGCGGACAGUGCGAAAAAGUGACAUGAUUGAUUUAUGGAACACUCGUAUUAAAGCAGGGUGUGAAGAACACGGAAUAGAAAUAAAUAAUUUCAAAGAUAGUUUAUCAAGAUGUGAUAUUCAGUUGAACAAGAAAGUCUUAGCUGAUUUAGCUAUUUGGGAACCUAAUUCUUUUAAAGCACUGUCUGAUCUAGCCAAGGCUGUAUCAAUCGAUUAUAACUUACCAGGUACUGAAAAAUAUGAAAAUCCAACAAAUGUAGUCACAAGAGGUUUACUGAAAAAAUAAUUUUGUUUUAUAUUGUAUUUUUUAAAUAAAUCAUUAAACCUAAAGAAAUUUUGUAGAAACA